AAGAGUACAAGUCAAGACGUGUGUUAAUGUCAGAUAACGAGUUUAGGGAGGCUGCAUCACUUUUUAACGCACAAAAUUAUCAUGGUGCCAUUCAACACUAUGAACGCAUAGCCUCUUGUGUAUCCAUUACCCCUGAGACCAAAGCCCGCGCCCUCAGUAAUAUUAGUGCUUGCUACGCGAGCUUAAAGGACUUUGAAAAGGCUCUGGAAAGCGCUUUAGAGGCUAAAAAGUUCCAAUGUACGAAUGCAAAAAUUCUAGGAAGAGUAGCUACUGCUUACGAAGGAAUGAAAUGUUACAAAGAGGCUGCUAAGUACUUCGAAAAAGCCAACGAGUUAGAUUCAUCCAAGAUAACAUACGCCCAAUGUCUUGCCCGGGUUCGAAAUUUGAUGCAGUCCAUGAGUAGUCUUUCUAGCCAAGAGACCAAAGACCAAUACUACUACGCGAAAAGUCUCGAGAGAGCAAGAGAGGCAAUGCAAGCAGAAAAUUAUGCCGAGGCUAUUCGGCACUAUGGGAAGGCCCUAGAUCUCUUGUCUCCUUCCAGCACUCCUAGGGAGAAGGCCACCUUGCUCUCAAAUCGUAGCGCUGCCUUUGCACAUGCUGCACGGAUGGAAGAGAGUGCAGAUGACGCUUUUCAUGCGACGGAAGUCGACCCGGACUACGCACGAGGCUUUUUCCGCCUUGCGUUUGCGAGAAAUAGAAUGAAGAAAUACAGUGAUGCCUAUGAGGCCCUCAAGACAUGUCUAAAUCUGGACCAUGGCUAUGUUGCAGCAAAGGAACUCAUGGAAGAGGUUCGACCCUAUGUUGCUAAGGAGCAGCAACGCGCAGAUGAACGCGCGGCGAGUGAAGCGAAGCGCAUCGAGGAAAUAAAUGAAAAACGCAACGAGGAACGAUUCAAGGCAGACUCUGUCAUGGCCCAAGCCCGUCAUGCGCAUGCCAUUAGCUACGUGUACUGCAACUAUUGCAAUGAAUCAGGACAUACGCGAGGGGAAUGUCCGUUGAGACGUCGCAAGCGUGGGCGCCCAUUCUAGGUACAAUUUGCAGUUGGAGUUUGAA